CCUGACCGGCCUGCUGGCGCCGGACGGCGGCCCGGUGGCGCUGGUGCGCGCCAUGCCCAACACCCCGGCCGCGGUGGGGCGCGGCAUGUCGGUGCUCUACGCCACGCCGGAGGUGGGCGACGCCCAGCGCGCCCUCUGCGCCGAGCUGAUGGCGGCGGUGGGCGAGACGGCCUGGAUCGACACGGAGGCCGAGAUGGACGCGGUCACUGCCCUGUCCGGCGGCGGCCCGGCCUACCUGGUGCACCGCGCCGAGGACUCCCCGGCCAGGCUGCGCGAGAACGUCACCAGUCCCGGCGGUACGACCCUGGAGGCGCUCAAGGGCGCGGCCGUGGGCCUGAAGGCGGCGGCGGCGCGCGUCCAGGCCGCGCUGGCGGCCAAGGGCGUCGCCCUGGAGGUGCGCGAGUUCCCCGCCUCGACGCGCACCGCCGAGGAGGCGGCGGCGGCCAUCGGCUGCAGCGUCGCGCAGAUCGCCAAGUCGCUGAUCUUCCGCGGCAAGCAGAGCGGGCGGCCGGUGCUGGUGGUGGCCAGCGGCGCCAACCGCGUCGACGAGAAGAAGGUGGCGGCCCUGGUCGGCGAGCCCAUCGGCAAGGCCGACGCGGCCUUCGUGCGCGAGACCACCGGCUACGCCAUCGGCGGGGUGCCGCCGGUCGGCCACGCCACACCGCCCCUCGUGGCGCUCGACGAGGACCUGAUGGCGCUGAGCGAGAUCUGGGCGGCGGCCGGCACGCCCAACGCCGUCUUCGCCGUCACGCCCGACUCCCUGGUGCGCCUGACCGAAGGCAGCCCCAUGGCCGAUGCCAAGCCCGCGAAAAGCGGCGCCCGAACCGCGAAGACAAAGACCGGCGGCAAGAGCAAGCGCGCCCCCGCCAGCGCGGGGGCCAAGAGCGCCGGCGCCGCGCCGCCGCGCGACAUCGCCGGCGCCGCGAUCGACGCCGCGCUGGCAUUGGCGGCCGCGCGCGGCUGGCGCGACGUCUCCCUCGGCGAGAUCGCCGCGGCGGCGGAGCUCAAGCUCUCCGAGCUCUACCCCGUCUUCGCCACCAAGGCCGAGAUCCUGGCCGCCUUCUCGCGCCGCCUCGACGCGGAGGUGCUCUCCGAGGACCUGGAGGGGCUCGAGGAUAGCCCGGCGCGCGACCGUCUGUUCGACGUGAUGAUGCGGCGCUUCGAUGCGCUGGAGCCCCAUCGCGAGGCCAUCGGCAACAUCCUGGCCGACGUCUGGGCCGACCCGGUCGCCGCCCUGGGCGGCCUGCCCCAGCUCGGCCGCUCCAUGACCUGGAUGCUGGAGGCGGCGCAGAUCCCGACCGACGGCUGGCGCGGCCUGCUGCGCGUCCAGGGGCUGGUCGGCAUCUACCUCGCCACCCUGCGGGUCUGGCUGCGCGACGAGAGCCUGGACAAGUCGAAGACCAUGGCCCAGCUCGACGCCUACCUGCGGCGCAUCGAGGGCCUGUCCGAGCGCUUCGGCCGGCGCCGGCGCCCGGCCGGGCCGCCCGACACGCAGGUCGAGGCGGAACCGCCGGAGGACAGGAAAGACAUGCAGAAUCGCUACGGCAGACUGGCCUCCUGGGUCUACGACCUGGACAAGCCGGUCGGGCACUCCUUCGGGGAUCAGGCCUACUACCGGCAGCGCCUAGAGCACUGCGACGACGGCCCCAUUCUGGAGCCCGCCGUCGGCAACGGCCGCCUUUUCGUGCCACUGCUCGAGGCCGGCUUUCCGAUCGAAGGCUUCGAUGCCUCGGCCGAGAUGCUGGGCUAUUGCCGGGAGGCCUGCCGCAGACGAAACCUGCGCCCGGCGCUGACCCAGCAGCGCUUCGAGGAUUUCUCCUACGACACGCGCUUCGCCGCCAUCAUCGUUCCGGCCGGGUCGCUUCAGUUGGUCACCGAGGCAGGCGCGGCCGCCGCGGUGCUGACGCGGUUCUACGCGCACCUGGCGCCGAACGGAAAGCUGCUCCUCGACCUCGACCCCAUCGGCGCUUUUCUCGGGCCGUCCGGUUCGAUCCGAAGCUGGACGACGGACGAGGGCGACCUGCUGACGCUGACCGAGCAUCGGGUCGAAACCGACUACGUCGCGCAGACCACCCUGUCCCAUCUGCGCUACGACCACUGGCGCGACGGCAACCUGAUGGCAAGCGAGCUCGAGCUGUUCAAACUGCGUUGGUGGGGCGUCAACGAGGUCUCGCUGGCGUUGCGGGCGGCCGGUUUCGUCGACGUGGUGGCGUCCGGCAACUACCGGCACGGGCACGCCCCGCGCCAGGACGACGACAUCCUCAGCUUCGAGGCGCGGCGGCCGACGCCGGGCGAACUGUAA